ACCCCUUCUUUACCACUAGACUUGGGCAGGGAAGGAGGAGCAGUGAGUGUGUGAGUCUGUAUACUCGUUCUGUCUCUUUCUCUAAGAGUGAGAAGACAAGAUGGCUGAGAAAGAGGAGAGCUCAGACUCGGAGAACUUUUACAGUGCAGAGGAAGACAACAACACUUCAGACGAGAGGAAAAGAAAACAAACCGAAGAGAAAAAGAAGAAAGAGGCAUCAGCUGAGCCUCCACCACCAGAGAUAGAGGAGCCUGAAAAUAAAGAGGAUCCUCCUAGGGAGACGGUGUUAAUUAAACCAGAAGACAAUGAGAAAGAGAGUAUACCCAUUCCACCUCCGAGACGAAAGCGUAAAGGAAUGCUCGUGAAACAAUCAUCAGCUGAAGAGACAUCGAGUGCCACUAAAGGAGUUGACCGAUUAACUUUAGAAGACACGAGACGGGCAAACACUUUCUCUUGGCCAAGAGGAGAACGCCCUCGAGUGGAACAAGAAGUAGAAGUGAAGAUUGAGUCUCUUAAAGGAACAAGUAACGAAGAACUGCCAAACAUGGAGACUCCUACGACCUCACACGAAGACGUGAGAGAGAAGGGAGAAGAAGCGAAAGGUAGAGUUCGAUCCAGCAAUCCUUCUGUCUCUAUUGAGAACGACGUUACAAUGGAACUAACCGAAGAGCUACUCAUAAAACAAGAAGUCGAAUCUUGUGAUUCGCUACCUCUAAAGGCAAUGAGUUUCAAUAGCGGAGUGGGCGGAGCUGUGGGUGGAGAAUACAUACAUGUAUGCUCAGAGGAGGAGAGUGUUGAUGGUGAUCAUACUGAUGGAGACCAACCGGGAGCUACUGGAGGGGACACUGCAUCAGGAAGUGAUCGGAUUGAGCCAACAGACAGCGAUAUCCUGGGGGACAUCAUUGUCAAGAACUUAGACACAGGAGAGCAGAUACCAUUGAGCAUGGCUGAUACACAUAUACCCAAAGGAUGGAACUAUAAUAUUAAUCCAGUGGAUAGUUACUGUCAGCAGACAGCAGGGAGCUGGGAAGGAGAUUUUCAAGAUACAGGUGAUCAAGAAGGGCAUAGAAGAAAGCACAAGAAAGCUAGAGUCAAGAAACUAUUUUUAAGAGGUAAGAAGAAAGGUGAAGGGCGUGUCAAAGCCACACCUCCUGGAUCUGAUGACGAGGCUUCUCCUGAACACGAUCACAGAACCUUAAAAUAUAAAAUGGCACCACACAAUAAAGGAUUUUUAGAAUUUGAGAAGGUUCGGUUAAAGCAGGAGCUUGAGCAUAGCAAAUCAUCAGAAUCAAGAGCAUUGUGGGCUGUAGAGUUUUCAAUUUGUGGUCGUCUCCUAGCAACAGCUGGUCAAGACAGUGUAAUGAAAAUUUGGGUUCUACGUAAUUCUUAUCAUUUCUUUCACGAGCUUCAAGUCAAGUACGCUCGUUUUGGUGUUCAUUCCAGUGCUGAUAGUUUAUCGGAGAAAUCAAGUAUGGCUAGCAGUCAAAGUUCUGAACAGGAUGAUGAUGAUAAAGGUACAUUUCUUGACCAACCUUUAUGUACUUAUACUGGACACACUGCUGAUGUAUUGGACCUCUCGUGGUCAAAAAAUUUCUUUCUUCUCUCAUCUUCAAUGGAUAAAACAGUGAGGUUGUGGCAUAUAUCCAGAGGAGAGUGUCUUUGUUGCUUUCAACAUAUUGACUUUGUAACGUCUGUCACUUUUCAUCCAAGAGAUGACAGAUAUUUUCUAAGUGGUUCUCUUGACGGUAAAUUAAGACUAUGGAAUAUUCCUGACAAGAAAGUCGCACUCUGGAAUGAGCUGGAAGGAGUCGGCUCUCAUUUAAUUACAGCCGCUAAUUUUUGUAUGAAUGGUAAGUUGGCAGUUGUCGGUACGUAUGAUGGUAGGUGUAUAUUCUAUGAGACUGAGCAUCUGAAGUAUCACACACAGAUACAUGUAAGAUCAAGGCAUGGUAAGAACAGAGGGAGGAAGAUCAGUGGAAUAGUUCCAUUACCUGGUGAAGAGGAUAAAAUAUUGGUCACAUCCAAUGAUUCUCGUAUUAGACUGUACAAUUUACAAGAUCAUUCUCUUUCCUGUAAAUACAAAGGAUGUCUCAACACCAGUAGCCAAAUUAAGGCAACAUUCAGUUGUGAUGGCAAGUGUAUCAUAUGUGGCUCAGAAGAUAACUAUAUUUAUGUUUGGAAGACACAGCACGAUUACGCAAAGCUAUCGUCGGUCAGAAAAGACAGAAAUGAUUACUUUGAAUGCUUUACUGCUCACACUUCACCUGUCACUGCCGUCUGUUUUGCCCCAUUCCCUGGCAUUACAGUUGGAGAAGGGGUCAAGGAGAUCGGACAUGUUAUAGUAGCCGGAGAUUACAAAGGAACAAUUAAAGUCUAUGUUACGAGCGAGAAUUUAUGAUUUUGUAUUUUUCAUUAAUAAUACUCGUCCUCCUUCUAUUUGUGCUCUCUCGCUCUCUCUCUCUCUCAUUUAUGCCACAUCAUCUCUUUUAUUAAUAUUAUUUCUUCUCUUUUUUUCAUUCGUUAAUUUUUAGUUCUCUCGCGACAUUAUUAUACAAUAUCUAAUUGUUAUUUUGAUAAGAUAA